AUCUGGCCAGGACGGUCUGUGUUGCAGAUUGCAGAAGCAUGAGAAGAUUCUGUAGCUGAGAGGCAUUCUUCACGCUGCUGGAAAAUAUUACAGAAGGAACACCUCCCAGAUUUUGCUUCAAGCUCUGAAAAAAGGAGCACGCAGGGGAAGCUUAGUCUUGCUUGCAGAUCGAAGCAAGUCCUGUGGGAGCCAUGAACUGGGCCUUGGUGCGCGGACUCCUGGCUCGGUCUUUCUAGGACUGUGUUUAUGUUGUUGGAAGUGGUGGGCCGAGAGGCCCUGAGACCGUCAGGUGCUGUCUGCAUGGAGAGGAGUGGCUGUAGUCCCUUUCCAGUGUGUUGGGCUAAAGAAUAUGACAGAUACCUGGCUUCUAGCAAAAUAAUGGCAGCUGCUUACCUUGACCCCAACCUGAAUCACACACCGAAUUCAAGUAACAGGACUCACCCGGGUCCCGGUGUGGAACGGUCCCCCGGGGCCAUGGAGCGAGUCUUAAAGGUCUUUCAUUAUUUUGAAAGCAACAGCGAGCCAGCCAGCUGGGCCAGUGUUAUCAGGCACGGAGACGCCACCGACGUCAGGGGCAUCAUUCAGAAGAUAGUGGACAGUCACAAAGUAAAGCACGUGGCCUGCUAUGGAUUUCGCCUCAGUCACCUGCGGUCAGAGGAGGUUCACUGGCUCCAUUUGGAUAUGGGUGUCUCCAAUGUGAGGGAGAAGUAUGAACUUGCACACCCACCAGAGGAGUGGAAAUAUGAAUUGAGAAUUCGUUAUUUGCCAAAAGGAUUUCUAAACCAGUUUACUGAAGACAAGCCAACUCUGAAUUUCUUCUAUCAACAGGUGAAAAGUGACUAUAUGUUAGAGAUCGCUGAUCAAGUGGACCAAGAUAUUGCUUUGAAGUUGGGCUGUCUAGAAAUACGGCGAUCGUACUGGGAGAUGCGGGGUAACGCCCUGGAGAAGAAGUCUAACUAUGAAGUAUUAGAAAAAGAUGUUGGUUUGAAGCGAUUUUUUCCUAGGAGUUUACUGGAUUCUGUCAAGGCCAAAACACUAAGAAAACUGAUCCAACAAACGUUUAGACAGUUUGCCAACCUUAACAGAGAAGAAAGUAUUUUGAAAUUCUUUGAGAUCCUCUCCCCAGUGUACAGAUUUGAUAAAGAAUGCUUCAAGUGUGCUCUUGGUUCAAGCUGGAUCAUUUCUGUGGAGCUGGCGAUUGGCCCGGAGGAGGGAAUCAGCUACCUCACGGACAAGGGCUGCAGUCCCACUCAUCUGGCCGACUUCAAUCAAGUGCAGACCAUUCAGUAUUCAAACAGCGAAGACAAGGACAGGAAAGGAACACUACAGCUGAAGAUAGCAGGUGCACCCGAGCCUCUGACCGUGACGGCGCCAUCCCUGACCAUCGCCGAGAACAUGGCCGACCUAAUCGACGGGUACUGCCGGCUGGUGAGCGGGGCCGCGCAGUCCUUCAUCGUCAGGCCCCAGAAAGAAGGUGAACGGGCUUUGCCAUCGAUACCAAAGCUGGCCAACAGCGAGAAGCAGGGCGUGCGGACCCACGCGGUCUCCGUGUCAGGAAGCAGUCACUGUCAACCUAAGGUUAAGAAAGCUAGGCGCUUCCUCCCUUUGGUCUUCUGUUCCCGUGAGCCUCCCUCUGCGGAUGAAAUUAGUGGGGACGAAACCGACGACUACGCUGAGAUCAUAGACGAAGAGGACACUUACACCAUGCCCUCCACCAGGGACUAUGAGAUUCAGAGAGAAAGAAUAGAACUCGGACGGUGUAUCGGAGAGGGCCAGUUCGGAGACGUGCACCAGGGCGCUUACACGAGCCCGGAGAACCCAGCUUUGGCGGUUGCAAUUAAAACAUGUAAAAACUGUACUUCAGACAGCGUGAGAGAGAAAUUCCUUCAAGAAGCCUUAACGAUGCGUCAGUUUGACCACCCUCACAUAGUGAAGCUGAUUGGCGUCAUCACGGAGAACCCCGUCUGGAUCAUCAUGGAGCUGUGCACGCUGGGAGAGCUGAGGUCGUUUCUGCAGGUGAGGAAGUACAGCUUGGAUCUAGCGUCUCUGAUCCUGUACGCCUACCAGCUUAGUACAGCCCUCGCGUAUCUAGAGAGCAAGAGGUUUGUGCACAGGGACAUUGCUGCUCGGAAUGUUCUGGUGUCUUCACAUGAUUGUGUGAAGUUAGGAGACUUUGGACUAUCCCGAUACAUGGAAGACAGUACUUACUACAAAGCUUCCAAAGGAAAAUUGCCUAUUAAAUGGAUGGCACCAGAGUCAAUCAACUUUCGACGUUUUACCUCAGCUAGUGACGUGUGGAUGUUUGGUGUGUGCAUGUGGGAGAUCCUGAUGCACGGCGUGAAGCCCUUCCAAGGAGUGAAGAACAAUGACGUAAUCGGGCGCAUCGAGAACGGGGAGAGGCUGCCGAUGCCUCCCAGCUGCCCUCCCACCCUCUACAGCCUCAUGACCAAGUGCUGGGCCUACGACCCCAGCAGGCGGCCCCGGUUCACGGAGCUCAAAGCUCAGCUCAGCACAAUCCUGGAGGAAGAGAAGGUGCAGCAAGAAGAGCGGAUGAGGAUGGAGUCCAGAAGACAGGUCACAGUGUCCUGGGACUCCGGAGGGUCCGACGAAGCGCCGCCCAAGCCCAGCAGACCUGGUUAUCCGAGCCCGAGGUCCAGUGAAGGAUUUUACCCCAGCCCGCAGCACGUGGUGCAAACCAAUCAUUACCAGGUCUCUGCCGUCCCUGCUUCACAUGGACUCACAGCCAUGGCUGGCAGCAUCUACCCAGGUCAGGCAUCCCUCUUGGACCAAACAGAUUCGUGGAAUCAUAGACCCCAGGAGAUAUCAAUGUGGCAGCCCAGCGUGGAGGACUCUGCGGCGCUGGACCUGCGAGGAAUUGGGCAGGUGUUGCCGACCCACCUGAUGGAGGAGCGGCUGAUCCGGCAGCAGCAGGAGAUGGAGGAGGAUCAGCGCUGGCUGGAGAAGGAGGAGCGGUUUCUGAAACCUGACGUGCGGCUCUCCCGAGGCAGCAUCGACAGGGAAGAUGGUCUUCAGGGCCCGACUGGAAACCAGCACAUCUAUCAGCCUGUGGGCAAACCAGACCCUGCAGCUCCGCCAAAGAAACCGCCGCGUCCCGGAGCCCCUGGCCACCUGGGCAGCCUCGCCAGUCUCGGCAGCCCCGGGGACAGUUACAACGAGGGGGUCAAGCCGUGGAGGCUUCAGCCCCAGGAGAUCAGCCCCCCUCCCACUGCCAACCUGGACCGGUCCAACGACAGGGUGUACGAGAACGUGACGGGCCUGGUGAGGGCGGUCAUCGAGAUGUCCAGCAAGAUCCAGCCAGCUCCGCCGGAGGAGUACGUCCCCAUGGUGAAGGAAGUCGGCCUGGCCCUGAGGACGUUGUUGGCCACCGUGGACGAGACCAUUCCUGCCCUGCCAGCCAGCACCCACCGUGAGAUCGAGAUGGCCCAGAAGCUGCUGAACUCUGACCUGGGCGAGCUCAUCAGCAAGAUGAAGCUGGCCCAGCAGUACGUCAUGACCAGCCUGCAGCAGGAGUACAAAAAGCAGAUGCUGACAGCCGCGCACGCCCUGGCCGUGGACGCCAAAAACCUGCUGGACGUCAUCGACCAGGCCAGACUGAAGGUGCUCGGCCAGACGAGGCCGCACUGAGUGCCCGGGCCUGCCCGGCGACACCCUCCCGCCCGGGUGCCAAGGACGUGCAGCGCCAGCUCUGGGUCUGGCGGCUGGGUGACUCUUCGCCCUCGUACAGUUUAACUGCAUUUUGAUUUGGGUUCAGCUUUUGUUUUGGUUCUUUAAUCAUGGUGUUCAGAAAAGCCCGGGAUCCAAAAUGUGGCAUUUUUCUGAGGAUAAAAGUUGUACGUGAGAAGUUUUGAGAAUCGUGAAGAAGAGAGUUUGUUCACAUUAGGAUAUGCUUUCAUGGAAAUGGCCACGGCGGUGAUGCGGUGAUUCCUGAACCAGCCUGGCUGCAUUUUGGAAGGAGAGGAGGAAGUGGAGAAUUCCAGGAAACCCACAGGGCUGAGAAUUCUUUGCCUCCGACAGAUUCACUGUCCAGACAGGGGUGUUUGUUGUUAGAACUUUCUUCAGUUGCAAGAUGCUAAUACCACUUUACAAAGGAAGAAUAUAAAAGCUAUAUUUUGAAGACUUAAGUCGUUUCAAAGAAAACCAGCCCCUUCCUGCCGUUUACCUCCGUGUGGGUCCGUGGGGCAUCUGGUCGGAAACUAGCCGUAGAACGCACUAAAAACUUCUGUCUUUCUUCACCAGAACGACGUGCCAGUUUUUUGUAGCAAUGCCGUUUCUCCUGGAAGAAUGCUUUGUACCAGAGCACCUCCAGCUGCAUCGAGAAGACGUUCUGGAACCAUCCCUGUUCUCCAUUUUUAUAUAAUUUAUAAAGAAAGAUUAAAGCCAUGUUGACUAUUUUACAGCCACUGGAGUUAACUAACCUUUCAUUGUGUCUCUUCCCAGGAGAGAAUUGAGCAAAGCAGAGAUUUGGUUUCCUUUUGAUGUCCAGUUUUACCAUCCAUUCUGUUAAAGUCUUUUGAAAAAUAUACCUUCCCUUUAGUUCGUUGGGGGAUGUAAAUUAUUCUCAGGAAGAAUAUAAUGAACUGUACAGUUACUGUGACCUAGUAAAAAGGUGUUACCAGUA